AUGUCAAUUGACUUUGAUGACCGAGAACGCAUCGAGGAUCUCAUGUUCGACAAGUCUUUCAACCGGUCGAGGGACUAUUUUGUCGCUCUCCAGCUUCUGAGAAUCAUGGAUGAAUGGAUAAAUGAAGCAGUUUCCAGCAUCCAACAGUUAAGAGAGGACACAAAAUUUAUGCAUCCUGGUUUCUCUACCUUUGAAAUAAAAGAUAAUCUCGAUGCUGUCGAUAGGUACAUGAAGGAAAAGGCCGACCCAGUACAGAAACGCCUACAAAAAAAGAAAGAGGAGAUUAACAGUCUCCGCGAUGGCUUAUUCAACGCAACAUCUCUUCGCGAGUCCACUAAAGCAAUGGCGUUGAACCAAGCCAUUUAUGUAUUCACCGUUGUCACGGUUCUCUUCACACCAGUUAGCUUCCUAGCGGUAUGUACCCUUUACACAAUGUCACAAGAUGAAGACUGA